GCAACAAACUCACAAACAAAAUCACAAACUCAUAACUUCACAACUCCAUAAGCAAAGCAAAGCAAAAUCGCAAACGAACAGCAAACCAAACUGAAAACUCAUCGCAAAAAUGUCUGACAAGAAUACUUCCACUCUCCAAUCAUACCUUGAUUCUGCUUCUGGCGCAGCUCAAUCGGCGCUUGGUUCUAUCACCGGUAACCCUGCUGAUAAGCACGCCGCCGCCCAAAAACACGACGAAGCAGCCCUCAAACACGACGCCUCACACGCCGGAAUCUCCGCCGGCGGUUUCAGCGCCUCCUCCUCGGGCGCCGUAACCAAGAACGAUCCCGCGCGCCAAGAAGGAUCCUGGAAUCAAACGGUCGGAUCGGGCAAGGAAUUCGUGGGGGGAAUCCUCGGAAGCGAGGAGAUGAAGAAGGAUGGUCGCGAACAGAAUGCUGCGGGGAGAGGCCAGGAGGCUCAGGGACAAUUGAAUGAUUUGGGUAGUGGGGUCAAGAAUAGAGUGCAGGGUAGUGUGGGGGGUGCGGUUGCCGGGAUUGUGGGUGACAGGGAGAAGGAGGAGGAGAGGAGGGAUCAGCAUGAUGCCGGGAAGACGCAGCAGAGGGGUGUGGAGAGUGAGUUGGAGAGACAGAACAAGUAGGCGUGUGUGGAUGGGAGGGAAAUUAAUGUUUAGAGAUACCCAGUGAGAUGGAUGGAUGGAUGCAUGCAUGGCUUAGGAUCGGUACUAGGUUUUAUUGGGAUCAAAUAUCCGCCGACGGAUUGUACAUUACGAAGAAACGAAUAAAUGAAUGAAAUUGCAUGGUUUUCACAUCGUCUCAAUAGGAAAUCAUCAAACA